UCAUAACACACAAAAGAAAUAUUUGUGCUUGGCAAUCAUACCAAAAAAAAAAUGCUUCCAUCACUAAAAAAUAUCAUUCUCUUCAUCAUCUUCUUCUUCCAAGCUCUAACCGCCAUUUCACACCAAAAUCAUCCUCACCCCUUAGACUCCCUCACUCCAUCGGAGCUCAAUCAAGUUGGACUCAUCGUCAGCGCCCAUUUCUCGAACACGAACCGCAACGUGAGCUUCCACUACGUCGGCCUAGACGAGCCGCACAAGUCGGAGGUCCUAAGUUGGCGCUCCGAUCCCGCCCGGCUCCCGCGUCGCAGAGCAUUCGUCAUGGCUCGCAUCGAUGGCGGCAGCCACGAGAUCAUCGUCGACCUUCUGCGGAAGUCGGUCGUCUCCGACCGAUUGCACCGAGGCAGAGGCUACCCUCUCUUGAACAUCGAGGAGCAAGACGCCGCGAACAAGCUGCCGGCGUCGUAUGCUCCUUUCAUAGCCUCCGUCGCGAAGAGGGGGCUGAAGUUGGAGGAGGUGGUGUGCACGAGCUAUACGGUGGGGUGGUUCGGAGAGGAGCGGAGCCGGAGAAUGAUAAAGCUUCUGUGUUACUAUAUGGAUGGGACGGUUAACAUCUACAUGAGGCCUAUUGAGGGCAUCAGCGUCGACGUUGAUCUCGAUCGGAUGGCGAUCGUCGGCUACCACGACCGGGGCGUGGUGCCGGUGCCGAAAGCUCAAGGGACGGAUUACACCGGCGGUCACUCAUCAUCCAUGGGGAGUCAUGCUUUACCAAAACAUGGAGUGGGUUUCACUUUGGAUGGACAAGUUUUGAGAUGGGGACUUUGGGAGAUGCAUGUAUCAUUCGACAUUAGAGCUGGUAUAGUGAUAUCAAUGGCGUCACUUUACGAUGCUGAAAAGGAUAAGCAGAGGAGGGUUAUGUACAGAGGAUUUGUGUCGGAACUCUUCGUGCCAUACAUGGACAUAACCGAGGAUUGGUACUACCGAGCUUUCUUCGAUGCAGGUGAAUUCGGAAUGGGACUCUCUGCAGUGCCGCUUGUACCUUUGAAAGACUGCCCCCGAAACGCCGUGUUCGUGGACGGCCACUUCACCUCAGGCGACGGCACGCCUGCACGAACCCCGAACGCCUUCUGCAUAUUCGAGAGAUAUACAGGCGACGUCAUGUGGCGCCACACCGAGAUUGCUAUACCGGGCAAAGUGAUAACGGAGGUGAGGCCGGAGGCGAACCUCGUCGUGCGAAUGGUAUCGACGGUGGGGAACUACGACUACAUUGUGGAUUGGGAGUUUAAGCAAACCGGUGUCAUUAGAGUCAAUGUGGGGUUGACUGGCCUACUAGAAGUGAAGGGAUCAAAAUACACACACCAGAAGCAGAUAAAAGAGGAAGUAUAUGGUCCAAUAUUAGCAGAGCACUCAAUAGGGGUGAACCAUGAUCAUUUCAUGACCUUCCAUCUUGAUCUAGACGUUGAUGGCGAGGCCAACUCCUUCAUCAAGACUAACCUCAAGACGACCCGUGGGGCGAGGAGGAGCUACUGGAGGGCCGAGAGCGAAGCAGCCAAAACUGAAUCCGAGGCAAGAAUCAGGCUUGGUUCGGAAGCAACAAUAUUGUCAGUCGUGAAUCCAAACAAGAGGACUAAGGUAGGCAACAAUGUGGGCUACAAACUGAUGCCGGAAUCAGUAACCGGCCCCCUUUUAUCCGACGACGACUAUCUCCAAAUCCGAGCAGCGUUUACUAAGUACAACGUGUGGGUUACGCCCUACAACAAGUCGGAGAAAUGGGCUGGAGGGUUGUUCACUGAUCAAAGCCAUGGAGAUGACACUUUGCUUACUUGGAGCCAAAGGAAUGAGAAGAUUGAGAACAAGGACAUUGUGUUGUGGUACACAUUAGGCAUCCACCACGUGCCGUGCCAGGAAGACUUUCCGAUCAUGCCGACGCUGACUUUGUCGUUUGAGCUCCAGCCAACGAACUUUUUCGAGCAUAAUCCUAGGCUCCACACAGAGAAAAAUAUGUGAAAUUUCUAUCUACUGCAAAGCAGAGUAUGUUGGACUAAUUGUAUGAAUAAAGAACGAAAAAAUAAAUUGAAUACAAUGAAAUGAUUUUAGAGGUGGUCUUGGGUACACCCGGGUUAAA